CCAUUUCCGGCAUCGCAAAUGCGUGUCAACGUCCGACUUGUCUUUUUCAUGGGCUCGCUCGCUCUUCCUUUUCGUAUUCUUACAGCGUGAUCGGAGACUCGCUGAUAAUGCAGAUUUUUGUGAAGACUCUUACAGGGAAGACCAUCACCCUUGAGGUCGAGGCGUCGGAUACGAUUGAAAAUGUGAAAGCGAAAAUUCAGGAUAAGGAGGGAAUUCCGCCAGAUCAACAAAGGUUAAUUUUUGCUGGCAAGCAAUUGGAAGAUGGCAGGACUCUGUCAGACUACAACAUUCAGAAAGAAUCUACGUUACAUUUAGUUUUGCGCUUGCGAGGUGGUGCCAAGAAGCGUAAGAAGAAGAACUACUCUACUCCCAAAAAAAUCAAACAUAAAAAGAAGAAGGUGAAGCUUGCUGUGCUGAAAUAUUAUAAGGUAGAUGAAAAUGGAAAAAUCCAUCGUUUAAGACGGGAAUGCCCCAUGGAACAAUGUGGUGCUGGGGUAUUCAUGGCAGCAAUGGAAGAUCGACAUUACUGUGGAAAGUGUGGAUAUACACUUGUAUUCAAUAAGCCAGAGGAUAAAUAAAUUCUGCUGAAUCGUUUCCAUGUA